GCGGGCCGGAAGCGGGGCGGGGCGGGCCGGAAGGCGGCGGCGGUUCCGGUGGCGGCGAUGAGCUUCGCGUGGCCCUGGCAGUACAGCUUCCCGCCGUUCUUCACGCUGCAGCCCAACGGGGAGACGCGGCAGAAGCAGCUCUCGGCCUGGUGCGCGCUGGCACUCGCCUACAGCCGGCGGCACCGGCUGCCCGCCAUGACGGUGCGGGAGGCCCAGGACAGCCCGCUCUUCGCUAACCGCCGCCUCCAGCGUAUCCUUUGCGGGGCCCGUGCCCCCGCCUGCCGCCCCCUUCCCUCCCUGCCUUCCGCGGUCGGUGAGCGUCUCCUUAACCCCCACCCAGGGAAGCUCCCGCUGGAGUCCAUCCAGGUGGUGCUGGAGGAGCUCCGCAAGAACGGGAACCUGGAAUGGUUAGAUAAGAACAAAACCAGUUUUCUGAUCAUGUGGAGGAGACCAGAAGAAUGGGGAAAGCUCAUCUAUCAGUGGGUGUCAAAGAACGGCUUGACUAACUCCGUAUUCACGCUGUACGAAUUAGCCAGUGGAGAUGAUACAGAGAAUGAAGAGUUCCACGGCUUAGAUGAGACUAUGCUGCUCCGUGCCCUGCAAGCCUUGCAACAAGAGCACAAGGCUGAAAUUAUCACGCUGGAUGAUGGCCGAGGCGUCAAGUUCUUCUGAUAGGAGCCCCCUCCCCUCUUCCCUGGCUGCUGAAGCAGUUCUCGCUGUGAAGGUUUGUUUUCCUGGCCUGGUUUCAAGCUGUGACUGCAAGCAGCUGCAUACUCGGGAUUUCUUGGGGCAAGGAGAAUCUGCAAAGCCUUCCAAAGACGUGACUUCUUAGAAGUAUUCAGAGAUCCUCUGUCUUUUCUCCCUGUUGACGGUGUUUGAGAGGCUAAAGCUGCUCUAGGCAGUUCUGAGAGGGACCACCCAGAAGUUAGAUAAUGGGACUGCUCCUGUUGCUGAUCCCUGUUCCUGUGAAGGCCACGGAGCGGUCUCUUCAGCUGGCUGGUCGAGCUUGGCCUCGAAGGGCAACUCCUUCCCUCCUGCCAACCAUGUGCUUGGGCUCUGCAGUCCCCGCUGCGUUGCCACGUGGGGUGAAAGCAAGCACAAGGAGCUCGCUGUCGCUGCUGUGUUGUAGAAGACCUCAACGGCAGAAUGAUAUGGGCUUGCUGCAAAGCAGGCUGUGCAGCAGGGUGGGAGUGGAUGCCAAGGAACUAAUUUGAAGUAAUUAAAAUGAGAUGUAUUUAUAGAGCA